CCCCCACUUAUUUAUCACGACGUAAUAUUGGCGGGAAUUCUACAUAGUUUACGUUAACCUCUCCUUUUCAAUUUUGCGAGUACAAUUUGAAUAACCAUUAUUUAUUAUCAUGGGUAUUUUAGGUUUAUCGAAGUUAAUAGCUGAUCUAGCACCAGGUGCUAUCAAGGAACGAGAAUUGAAACAUUAUUUCGGUCGUAAAGUAGCUAUAGAUGCGUCUAUGUGCUUGUACCAGUUUCUUAUUGCCGUACGGAGCGAAGGUGCUCAAUUAACCACAGUGGAUGGUGAAACAACAAGCCACUUGAUGGGCACAUUCUAUCGAACGAUACGCUUGGUAGAAAAUGGAGUGAAACCGGUAUAUGUAUUUGAUGGGAAACCUCCAAACUUGAAAGGUGGUGAAUUAGCCAAACGUGCUGAGAAGAGAGACGAAGCACAAAAACUUUUGCAAGCUGCAGAAGAAGCUGGAAAUGUGGAGGACGUGGAAAAAUUUAAUAGGAGAUUAGUAAAAGUUACAAAAGAGCAUGCGGAAGAUGCAAAACAAUUGCUACAGUUAAUGGGUAUUCCUUAUGUUGAUGCGCCGUGCGAGGCUGAGGCACAGUGUGCUGCUUUAGUUAAGGCAGAUAAGGUAUUUGCAACUGCCACAGAAGAUAUGGAUGCUCUUACUUUUGGCUGCAAUGUUUUGCUUCGUCGGUUAACAUUCAGUGAAGCCAGAAAAAUGCCAGUACAAGAGUUUCAUUUUGAUAAAGUAUUAGAAGAGCUCCAAUUAAGUCACGAUGAAUUCAUUGAUCUCUGUAUAAUGCUGGGCUGUGAUUACACAAGCAGCAUCAAAGGAGUUGGACCAAAAAGAGCCAUUGAAUUAAUUAAAACACACAGAUCACUCGAGAAGAUUAUAGAGAAUUUAGAUACCAAGAAAUAUCCAAUUCCAGAAGAUUGGAAUUACAAACAAGCUCGAUUAUUAUUUCAAAGCCCCGAGGUGAAAGAUCCUAAUGAAAUUGAUUUAAAAUGGACAGACCCAGAUGAAGAAGGCUUAGUUAAGUUCUUAUGCGGUGAUAAACAAUUCAACGAGGAAAGAGUAAGAAAUGGAGCAAAAAAAUUAUACAAGGCACGAAAUACUUCUACUCAAGGUAGAUUAGAUUCAUUCUUUAAGGUAUUGCCAAAUUCAAAUCCUGUGAAACGUAAAGUGGAAGAGAAAGCUGGCUCAGCAAAGAAAGCUAAGAAAGGCGCAGGGGGAAGACCACGUGGAAAGCCAAAAUAAUUGUUUGCAUAAAGUAAUAUCGAAGAUUUAUAUUAGUUGUAAAAGACUUAAUCUCUAGAAUUGUUCCUAUCUUUCAGCGUAUAAAAUCAUGGUGAAUAAAUUGCAAACAUAUUUA